AUGGACGAAAAUGCCGUUAGAACCCAAGUCCAGUUGGCCUUGGAAGCUGCAACACAUCGAUCCCAGCCGAUCACGACUCUGCGCGAAUUCCUCAAUUUCGUAAGGGAGGAAUGCCUUGCCACAAAAACUUACGAUAAGCAAGAGACUGUCAUUAUCGACAUAUGGAAUCAGCGAGCCAAGUUGACCCCGUCCACACCGGCUGAAGCGUCCAUCCGCGAUAGCCCUGAUGUUGAAGGCAGAAAUGCCCUUCACGGCGGCCCUGAUAGUUUCCCCCUACUCGACGAAGAAACAGAGUGCUUCAAGGUUCACCUGUACCAACCAGCCAGUGCAUUAUUCGGAUACGCUGUGUGCAAGUAUAACAAGGAGCCCGGGAGCUAUAUCAGGGCCGAUUCAAUGCGGAACAACAAGAUGAAGCCCGGACCGGAAGGCCUACUUGUCAUCCAAUGGGAAUUGGCCGGCGGUGACCCUAACCGUACCGACCACACUGCCACACACACAGUCUGCCAUGUCCUGGAUGACGAGAAAGCAAGAAGCAUCGGGAUGGAUGUUGAUAUAGUACUCGGUACGGAUUGUGAAAAGGAGUUAAUGAAGCAAGAUCACUACCUACGCAAUAUUUCCAGGCAGAACGCGGCCAUUCUGGAAGACGACAUCCAGCAGCCGGUAACGAGGGUGGCACGAGACCUUUGGCCGCUGCCUAACACCUCCAUGGCUCGUAUCGCUUCCCCUGGAAUCGAUAGUCCAGGAUUCAAUAUCCAUUUCCAUGGGUCGGCUUUCCAUGGGCCGGUCUUCAUCGGAGAGGCCGGUCUCAGCUCGGCUAGCGAAGCUCUCGAGGCUUCUGGCGUCGUGUCGACAAAGCGUACUUCAGCAUAUGCACCAGAGUACCAAGCCCGAAGGUACGCUGUGCCUACUGUCGACGGUAACAGUUGCGCCGAGGCAUUGCGAGGUAAACGAAAGGCUUCAGGCGAACAUGAGGCUGAGUCUGUUGACAGAGCCAAGAGGCAUCAAAUCUGA